AUGGCGCCCACCACGGAGGCCCAGCGACCCGCCAUGCGGCGCAAGUCGUCCGCCCAGAACCUCCUCAGUGGCUUCAAGGUCGCCGGCAGCAACCCGUCUUCGUCUGCGGCCGGCGGCGCACCACCUUCGUCCUUCCCCGCCAGCUCUGCUGUGUCCAUCCCUGGCCUGCCGUACCCGUCCGCGGCGCCCACCCCGACGACAGCGACCAUGCCGGGCACGCGCGAGUGGGAUGUCCAGUCGCUGCAAAGCGAUGGGGUCAACUCUGCCGCGGGUUCAGCGAUCCAGACCAACGGGAGCAUCCCCCAGGGCACCUCCGUGGAGUUCUUGAGGGAGCUGGUGAAGAAGAGGAUCAUCACGUUGACAUAUCUGCGGAAUGUCCACGAAGGACGAAGUCACUGGUUCCACACCAUCAUGAUCACGCGUGCAGAGCUCGAUAGAGCGUUCACCAAUGCCGCGAUGAAGCAACGGACGUAUCGGUUUGCGGUCCUCGGUAUGGCAUUAGCAAAUCAAUUCGAUGUCAAGGAGCCCCAAGAUCUCCUGCGAGGACUCUCAAACGUCCUCACCGAGUACGAGCUGUUGAAGGAGGACACCGAUAAGCCCCGGAUUCGACUAUUCAGACCGAAGGGUGGCACCAAGCGGCUACCAGGCGUAGACUAUGCCUUAACCUACACAGACCCAUCCGAGGCAUAUAUGUCUCUUCCCCACGUCCCGUUCCCGCUCGAUUACCACCAAACCCUCCUCUCCUUGCUUGACGUCCUCUCCGAACUGUACAACAAGAUCUCCAAAAUCCUAGGGCCUUCCCCAUUCUCACAUGCGGGGAACAGCAUGAUGGGCCCGUUGGGCCUUCUAUCCCCCCAUCCUGGCGUUUCGUAUCUGUUCUCUGGGGCGGAAGCUGCGUCCGUAAACGAUGGCGACAGCAGUCUCUGGGGAAUUGCGCACGCGUCGACGUUGGGCUCGGCAACUGGCCCACACGCAGUAUACGGCGGGGGCCCGGGCAGCCCGCCACCGAGCUGGACGUCCACAUUGGGAGACACUGUACGGCAAAUCGACAACAAACUGAAGAAGCUGAUCGCGACACUGCUGAAAGAGCUGGACGACUGCGCGCGCGCCGGUAUCAAGGACGAGUUGGCAUCUCUGGAUCCACUUUUGCGACAUGUCUCAGGCGCGGGGGAGCCUAGGGACACGUUUGAGUUUGAUUGA